GACCAGAGUGGAGGUGCUGACUACGGCUAUGACGGUGGCUACGACCAGAGUGGCGGUUAUGACCAGAGUGGCGGUUACGACCAGAGUGGGAGUUACGACCAGAGUGGGGGUUAUGACCAGAGUGGGGGUUACGACCAGCGUGGGGGUUACGACCAGAGUGGCGGUUAUGACCAGAGUGGGGGUUACGACCAGAGUGGGGGUUACGACCAGAGUGGGGGUUACGACCAGAGUGGGGGUUACGACCAGAGUGGGGGUUACGACCAGAGUGGGGGUUACGACCAGAGUGGGGGUUACGACCAGAGUGGGGGUUACGACCAGAGUGGGGGUUACGACGACACUGGUGGUUAUGGCACUGGCACAGCAGCUACCGACCAGUAUGGAUAUGGAGAAGCAGGGGAUGGUGCACAGUAUGUUACGACAACUAGAACUGAAUACUUACUUGGUGUUCUUGUUCUUCCGAUUAUUUUCAUCAUUCAAGAACCAUGCAUUUCUACUAUAGCUAUCUCAUAGAUAUCAUCAGGUUCUAGUAGCACUCAUCUACUCCGCCCUUGUUAAUCAGCAACAUAAUCAUCUAAGCUUAAUCUUCCUUUUCCGCAAGGGGUCUUCCUUUUUAUAUGGUUGGGGCUUAGGUCCAGCGACGCUUAAAGCACUAGUAAAGUAAAACGAGGACCGGCUAGCUUUCCCUCUAUCCUUAGGCUUAUCCCUUCAAACAACAUAAUCAUCUAAGUUUAGACAAGACGAACAAGAAUGGGAUGAAAAUGCCGGUUAUUACGAUGAGAAAGGGCAGUGGGUUGACGGCUGGGGAGAAGAUGGCUAUAACUACGUUAAGGCUACUAGAUCAUGCUUCUGGAAGAUCGUUACAGUAAAAGUAGUAUUUGGUCCAGGUCCUCUACCUCUUUAUCGUUAUUCAUCCUCAGGACCAGCGGUAAAAGUUCAGUAGCUCUAGCUCCAUUGAAAAUGAGUCAUAAAUCAUAGAUACAAGAAAAGCGUCCAGUAGCUCUAGCUCCAUUGAAAAUGAGUCAUAAAUUAUAGAUACAAGAAGAGAAUCCUCGACCUCCUCUUCUUCAUCUAAGUUUCAUGACGGUAGUGGAGCAGGGGAGGAAUACUACGACGAUGGGAGCGGUCAAUAUUACGACGACGGCAGUGGAGCUGUGGCUGCAGCAGGGCCUAGCGUGUUGAAUUUCGUCGACGAGCGAAAUCCUGCGGAACCGGACCAGAAGGAUUUAGAGUUCAUGGGAGCGGCAUUAUUCGACAAAAUCGAGAGAGACGCACAUAAUCUUCAUUAUGCUGUUGUAUUGUUUGUGACCUUGAUGUUGCUAGAUGAAGGGAUGAAGAUGAACAACGAGAUCAAAAUAGAAGGAUACAAUUCUCCUGAUUAAGAUAGUUGUUAGUAACUGAUACUGAUGAAUACUAGGUUUUGGUCUUACUUGUAUUCAAACUUCACCAUAUUAAUCAAGAAUGAUGAAUCAUUUGAAUACAAUUUUCAUGUAGCUGGGGUGGAACAAGAUCAAGUUGUAGUUGCUUCAUCGGUUUUUACCGAUCGAUGUAACAUCUCGUGACCAUAAUUCAUGCCAGACUAAUGUGACCAGUAUCUACUUAGUAUUUUAAUCAUCGCUCAUUUUGUAGGAGUCAUGCAGAAUAGAGACUUCAUUUUGAUGAGCUGACGGUUACGAGUCUAAUCCUAAUACGGUCUGUUUGGCGAGAGCAAUCCUAAUCCAGACGCGGCCUUUGGCACUCUCAUAUUAUGGUCAACGUUUAGACAUAAAAAUAAAGUAAAGCAACCGGCUAGCUUUUUCUCUAAUCUUAGGUCUAUCCCUACAUGCAAAUCAUGUAGUGCUUUCCAUCUUUCCCAGCAUCUCUUUGGUGCCGUCCUUCUGCUCCCAACAACGACAUAGAAAUGAAAAUACGACACAAGCGAACAAAAGGUACUAUCCUCGUAUACAACUCCUUCUCCCAAGGAAAAAACAGAAAUUUUUCAAGGGAAGAGGUACUAGUACUAGUAUCGAGAUCUUCAUGGGACCAGCAGGACCAAGCUAGACGAAUAAACGCUGACUCUAAUCUCAGAGCGCGAAUUGGGUGAGCCUGGGCGUAGAGGGGGACG